AUGAUGGGUUCUCUCAUCUCACUCCUGCGACCUCUGGCCUAUUUGUCCCUCCCGGUCCUCGCUUUCCGCUUUGCCGCCGCGAGAUCACGCGUCGCCCGGUAUUAUUGGCGAGUGGGCAUGUAUCUGUGCGCACUCGCUGUCGUUUCGGCCUGGGGUGCUUGCAUUGGUAUCGUCUUGUUCGUCGUCGGCAAGCGGUUCGAUACCGACUUUUGGGUCGCGAGGAGCUUCCAUUUCGUUGCGGGUAAACUACUCGAUAUUCGCUUUGAAAUCGAAGGAGAAGAAUAUCUGGCAACAAAACCGGCAGUCUUGAUCGGAAAUCAUCAGAGUAUGGUUGAUAUUCUCUGUCUAGGCCCGAUAUUCCCUCGUUCCACUGUCAUUUCUGCCAAAAAGGAGCUACGAUGGGCCCCCUUUCUCGGUCUGUUCAUGAUGGCCGGUGGAAACAUCUUCCUCGAUCGCAGAAACCCACAAGUGGCCAUUGCAUCCCUCAAGACGGCUGGCGAGACACUCAAGCGGCGCAGCCUGGGUCUAUGGGUGUUCCCCGAGGGUACUCGUACCUUGAGUGAAGAGCCGAUGUUAAAGCCCUUCAAAAAGGGAGCAUUCCACGUCGCAGUUCAGUCAGGGCUCCCCAUCGUGCCAGUCGUAUUCGAAAACUAUUGGAGAUUAUACAGAACCGGUGUCUUUGAAUCGGGUGUUCUAAAGAUUAAGGUUUUGCCUCCAAUCGAAACCACUGGUCUUACGACUGCCGACGUUGCCGACCUCGCGAUUCGAACGCGGGAAAGCAUGCUCACUACGCUCAAGGAGAUUUCCACUCCUCAUGACGCCACUUCAAAGGGACCGAGGGGUGCUAGUCGCAAAGCAGAGCGAGAUGCCACACUCAUGCCGCCCCCGCCGUUGCCAGAAAAGCAGUCCAUUGGGAUCACAGAAAUCCGACCGGGUGGUCGAUUGCCGACGGGUGGUGGUGGCGACGAAGAACCCCGGCAACGAACGUCGUCGUUGGUGAGGAGUAUCGCUUCAAGCGACAAUGGGAGCCAGACUGAGGAGGAAGAUGGCCACGUGCUAGUGAGGAGACCAUAA